AUGGCUACGCGGCUGCCGUUCGGCCUGCCAGCGCACCGGAGGAGGCAUGCGAAUAGCGCUCCCAGGGAGCCGUGGAAGGCCACCACCCGGCAUUCUGUCGACCUCUCAGACGCUAUCCUUCCGAGCUUGGCAAAGCAGGCCGCGGGCAUCGGUGCCUGGGUGCCAAAACCACAGAAAGCGAGCAAAGAGAGGAGUCGAAACGAGGACAGCCUCCCCCAAAUUGAAGAGAUCGCCAACCGCAUCGCAGACAGGUACGCAGGCGGCUUGACAAAGCUCACCCAGGUGCAAAAAGAGUGGAGGCAAAAGCACGAUGCGUUGGUCCGUCGCCGGCAGCAGGCCGGUUAUGAUGACCUGAAUUCUCCAGGUCGGGAGGACACCCACUCCUCCUCCCUACGAGAUGGAUCGCAUAGCGUCCGCAAGGUCCCGUCUGAGUUGGCCUUGCCAGAGCGCGCGCAUUCUCAUCGAAGUGCACGCAGCUCCGGCAACACGCCGAGGCGCGGCCCGAAAAAGAAGAAGAAGAGGAUUGAGAUUGCGGACGAGGUGGAGGUGACGGAGCCCGAAGAGGACAAGGAGCCGAGCAUCAACGACAUUUUGAAGAGCGGCUUCUCCGACCUCUUCCAUGCCAAGCGCGAUGACAUCGCGCAGGCCAAGCCUAAGGCGGAAGAUGACGACUACGACUUCCCACUGCCCAGCAGAGGCGUGGGAGAGCCCUGGAAGUCAAGCUUCGAGGAGUUGCAGUUGGUAAGCCCGGUGAGCGACACCCAAGCUUCCUCUGCCGAAGAGGUCUUGGACGAGAACCAGGAUGACCCGCGCCAGAUCAUUGGGGAUGAGGCCGACCUCGCGGUUCUGGCAGCAGUGGACUCUGCGAUGGUAGAUGCUGCAGGUGAGGACCCGCCUGUCCAACACGCCGGCACCAGAGACACGGCAGCUUCCGAGCUGGAGGAGGAGGACGGUCCAGAGACGGUUCGCUUCAACUCCAAAAGAAGUGUCCCGUACCGGCCAGAGGCCGCAGUGAGGCUGCAGAGAAGUUCGAGCAACCGGGCAGCAAACUGGAUGCGCCCGAGGCCGGUCGAGGAAAGAGGUGCGGAGGAGCUCGUCCGUCAGCUCAGCUUCUCCACCUGCAGUGAGCUGGCCAAGAAGCACCGGCUUACUCUCGAGCAGGCGAGACAGGCGCUGGAGGAGUUCCUCGCCCUGGACAAGAACAAGGACGGCAGACUGUCGUUCGACGAGUUCGAACAGGCCAUCCGCGACCGCUGUGAGAUACCUGCCGGCCACGCGGUCCCGCAGCAUCUCCUCAAGCUGAACUGGAACAAGGCAGACAAAGACGGCAACGCGGAGAUUUGCUUUGAAGAGUUUUUGUUGUGGUCCACCGAGCAUGCCUUCACGGAGGAGCUCGUGGUGCUCGAUCCCAAGGAGCGCUAUCUACGGGAGCUGGCCCGGAACCACGGCUUUACGUUGGACGAGGUCGAUCGAUGCCACAAAACCUUCAGCGAAUCCGACUCCAACAGGAACGGCUUCAUUGAAGAGGUUGAGUUCCGACACUGCGUGGCGUCCCUGUGGAAGUGUGAGUUGGAAGACAUCUCCGCCACAAGGCUGCGACAGUUCUGGCUGGAGGCAGACAAAGCCCGAUUGGGAAAGCUCAGCUUCGAGGUCUUUCUCGUGUGGUACAUGACGAUUGGAGUACGCUGA